AUGCUUGCAAAACCUCUUAAGAAAGCUACAGCUGCGGAAAUAAGAAAGUUCAUUUUGAAAGAGAUCAUUCUUAUAUUCGGAUGCUCUCUUAAAAUUACUGUUGAUAAAGAACCAGAAAACAAGGCUGAAAUAGCUAAGAUCAUUAGAGCUCUUGGGAUCCUGCUUAUCCAGAUCUUCAGUUAUAAUCCCCAUGCUCAAGAACAAGUAGAAGCUGAUUAUCUUUCCUUAGUAAAUGCCUUUGCUAAGCUAGCUAAUGCUCAAUCCUGGAAAUGA